AUGUUUAUAAUUAAUUUACUCCUUCUCAUCAUCCCUAUUAUUCUAGCCAUAGCAUUCUUUACCCUUAUUGAACGAAAAAUCUUAGGUUAUAUACAACUCCGAAAAGGACCUAAUAUCGUAGGUCCACAUGGCUUACUUCAACCCUUUGCUGACGCAGUAAAAUUAUUUAUCAAAGAACCACUACGACCACUGGCCUCCUCCACAUCACUUUAUACAAUCGCACCAACUCUGGCACUAUCAAUCGCACUGAUUAUAUGAAUUCCUAUACCACUUCCACAACCUCUAAUCAACAUAAAUAUAGGACUCUUAUUUAUAUUAGCUACAUCAAGUUUAGCUGUAUACUCAAUUUUAUGAUCCGGAUGAGCAUCCAAUUCAAAAUACGCUCUAAUCGGGGCCCUACGAGCAGUAGCACAAACAAUCUCAUACGAAGUAACCCUUGCCAUCAUCCUCCUGUCGAUUAUCCUAAUAAGCGGGUCAUUUACUCUUUCUACCCUAGUCACAACUCAAGAACACCUUUGAUUAAUUAUUCCAUCAUGACCACUAACCAUAAUAUGAUUUAUUUCUACCCUAGCAGAAACAAACCGAGCCCCAUUCGACCUAACAGAAGGAGAAUCCGAACUAGUAUCAGGGUUUAACGUUGAAUACGCCGCAGGACCCUUUGCCCUAUUCUUUAUAGCCGAAUAUACAAAUAUCAUCAUAAUAAAUGCUUUAACCACAGUCAUCUUUUUAGGUACACUACAUAAAAUCCACAUACCAGAAAUAUACUCAGCAAACUUCGCCACCAAAACCCUUUUAUUGGCAAUACUAUUUCUAUGAGUACGAGCAUCCUAUCCACGAUUCCGAUAUGAUCAACUGAUACACUUACUAUGAAAAAAUUUCCUCCCCUUGACACUAUCACUAUGCAUAUGAUAUAUUUCCCUCCCUGUUUCAACAUCAAGUAUUCCCCCACAAAUAUA